GGCCCUCUGGGACCCGGGACCAGCACCUUCCCACUGCCUGCGAGCGUUGUGUCGGAGUACCAGCUUCACCGAGAAGGACUUGAAAGAGGCCAAAGCUCAAAGCCAGCGGAUUGCUGCCCAGCUGACCACUCCUCCCAGCUCCAACUCCCGAGGGGUCCUGCUCUUCCAUAGGCGACGGCAGAGAGUAAACGAGUUCACCUUCGAGAGCUUCGGGAAACAGGGACAGAAACCCAUCCCUGGGCACAGCCCUCCAGCCCGCCCUGUGGAGACUCCAGACCAUGUUCCGGAAUUCUGCUUGAAUCGUAGCUCCCAAGGCUGUCGUCCGAGCCCCUCUUCAUCCCUUGGUCCCCAGGCCCCAGAGGAAGGGAAUCCCUGCUGCAGCAUGGAGGGCCACGGAGAGAACACGAGCGUCCUGACCCAGAGAUCCCUGGAGAAGGCCGCCAGCGAAGAGGAGGAGAUACCUUUGGUGGUUUACCUCAAGGAAAAUGCAGCCUUGCUCACAGCCAACGGACUCCACCUGUCUCAAAGCAAGGAAGCCCAGCAGGGUCCUUCGUUGGCCGAUACCACGAAUGCUCUCUCUGUGGAUGUUAAUCAGAACCCUUCCCUGGCUGAGCCUCCACCUCCCGCGGUCAUGAGUGACGUCAACCAGAACCCACCGGCGAUGGAUGUUGGGCAGACUCCGUCCGUCUCCGGCAGCAGACAGAAUGCAUCUGAAUCCCAGGUACAGCAGGACGUUCCUGCGCUGGACCUUAAACCCAGCGCUCUGCUUGUGGAUGAGAAGACCCUCUCGCCGGAUCUAGACACGGGUUCUAGCGUACUCAUCCCCGAAGGGAAGCCGAGCCCGCCCCCUACCAACGCCAAGACCAGUCCCUGCCGCGGGGAGGCUCCCCCCCGCUCCACCACCAACGCCACGGUCUCUGAUGUCAAGUCUAGCAUCUUGGUCAUCGACGUCAAACCCAGUGCCUCGGCGGCGGGCCUGGAGCUGUCCGGGUCAGCCCUCGGUGCCCCGGCCCCCAAGCAGCACAGUGAGGUCCACCUCACUCUGGCCAGACCUCAGUCGGUGGUGAACAGGACGGCCAGGCCAUUUGGAGUCCAGUCCCAAGGGAUCAACAGCCAGUUGGAACGGAGUCCGAUGAUGGAGAGACGCCCCAUGGGAGAGAGGAGCCCCAGGGCACAGGCACACACCAUCGGGGACAGAAGUCCUCAGGUCCAGAGGCAUGUUGUCAUGAUAAGAAGCCCAAUGAUAGAGAGGAAGACUUUGAGAGAGAACAGCCCUACCACGGAGAGAGUAGAGAAGCCACUGAUGGUGGAGAGGAGUCCUGCUUUGGAGAAACGACCCCUGGGAAAUUUCACCCCACCUCCCACCUAUGCCGAGACCUUGUCCACAGCCCCUCUGGUCUCUAGGGGCAGGUCUCCCCCUUCGUAUUCUGUUCUGUACCCCAACAUUGAACACAAACAAGCACACGUCAAAGGCGCUAGCUACGGGGAGGGCAGAUCGGCCUCCGCGCCCAAGACUGGCAUCUUGGAGGAGUCGAUGGCCCGCCGGGGCAAUAGGAAGUCCAUGUUCACCUUUGUGGAGAAGCCCAAGGUGACCCCUAACCCGGAUCUCUUGGACCUGGUACAGACGGCCGAUGAGAAACGGAAGCAGAGGGACCAGGGAGAGCUGGGCCCAGAGGAGGAACCGUUUGCGCUCGGGGCCGAAGCAUCCAAUUUUCAGAAUGAGCCAGCUCCUAGGGACUGGUCCAGCCCUACCUCUGAGGAUGCCCUCCCGGAAUGGUCAUCAUGCCUGAAGUCGCCCAGCAUCCGGGCCAAGCCCAAGCCAAAACCAAACCAAAACCUCACGGAGGCCACCGGCAAGGGCGCCGAGCUGUACGCCCGACGCCAGUCUCGAAUGGAGAAAUACGUCAUCGAGUCACCAGGUCACGCUGAGCUGGCCCGCUGCCCAUCUCCCACCAUGUCCCUGCCUCCUUCCUGGAAAUAUUCCAAUGCUCCAGGGUUCCAAGGCUUCCGGGUGGCAAGCCGGAGCCCAGCCCGAACACCACCUGCAUCUCUGUACCACGGCUACCUGCCAGAGAACAGGACUCCACGCAGGGAGGUGGAGCCCACCAAACAGCAGCCUUACCAACUCCAGUCCUCGCUCUUUGUUCUCGCACCCUCCAAGGAGCCAGCCAAGGCCCCCGGGAGAGCGGCCUCACCCGCCAAGCCAGGGUCGCUGGAUCUGGAACCCAUGGGGAGGCUGGCACCCUGCCCGCCCGGCUCGGUCCUUCCCCCUUCUCCCGCCCUGCCGCGGCCAGUACGCUCUUCGCCCGGCCUGACCCCCUCCCCGGUGGGCCCGGGGGGGCUCGUGCAAGAUGUUACCCAGAUGAGUGGCGGCAGCCCCACCUUUGGUGGCGAAGUCUCCCCGGUGUCUCCUUCCCGGGCAUGGUCCCCGAGAGCCAAAGGCCAGGCUCCUCGACCUUCGUUCUCCACCCGGAAUGCGGGGAUCGAGCCCCAGGAAAGACGGGAAUGUCGCCCCACCUCCCCUUCUGAGGCCCCCAGCUCACCGAGGCCUGCCAGCAGCCUGGACGGCUGGGUGGGCCGUGGCCCUUCCGAAUCCUGCCAGAUGGUCACUGCGAGCAGUCCCCCACCACCCCCACCCAUGUCCCCCUCCUGGAGUGAGCGCUCCUUGUCCCCAAUGCAGGCCGAGCCCAAGGUCAACAGCCGUCAGCUUCAGGCCUUGGUUGCCAGGAACAUCAUCAAUGCUGCCCGCCGCAAGAGCUCUUCUUCCCCGAAGUCUUCAGGGGCAGAGGGGCUGAGACCCUUCUCAGCCACCCAGGCCCUACCUCCUGCCAGCCCCAGAGGGCUGGGCAGCCCAUGUCCUCCCCUAAAAAGCCCCCUGGGAGAUGGCCAUCGCCUUUCCUCCCAGCCUGGUGGCACCUUCUCCCCCAUCUUAAAGAGCCCCCUGACUUUGGCCCAAGCGCCCUUUGGGGACAGCCCCCGGCCCUUCCUAGCAGCCAGCGGCUCUUGCUCCAGUCCCAGGAGCCCAGGCAGCACCAGACCCUUAGCCUUCAGGAGCCCCCUGCCCUCACCUAGUCUGCCGGCUCACUCACUGGCCAAGCCCUACACCAGUCGCUCACCCACAGACUCUGAUGUGUCGGUCGACUCUGAGGACUCCGGAGUCAAGUCCCCUGGUAUCCGCGGCUACAACAUCUGCCCCCGAGGAUGGAAUGGGGGCAGUCUGCGGCUCAAGAGAGGCAGCCUCCCCUCGGAGACCUCCUGUACAUCCUAA